GGCGAGAUGGGGGGCUCCAAAGUGAAGGUGGCGGUGCGGAUCCGACCCAUGAAUAAGAGAGAAAUAGAUCUGCAUACAAAAUGUGUGGUAGAUGUGGAGACAAACAAAGUUAUUCUUCAUCCUGUGAACACUAACCUCUCAAAAGGAGAUGCUAGGAGCCAACCAAAGGUGUUUGCCUAUGAUCACUGCUUCUGGUCUAUGGAUGAAACUAACAAAGAAAAAUAUGCAGGUCAAGAUGUUGUUUUCAAGUGCCUUGGUGAGAACAUUCUCCAGAAUGCCUUUGAAGGUUACAAUGCGUGCAUUUUUGCCUAUGGACAGACUGGAUCUGGAAAAUCCUACACAAUGAUGGGCACAGGUGAUGAACCUGGAUUAAUACCUCGGCUCUGUAGCAGUCUUUUUGAAAGAGCCCAGCAAGAGGAGAGUGAAGAGCAGAGUUUUAAGGUGGAAGUAUCCUACAUGGAGAUUUAUAAUGAGAAAGUCAGAGAUCUCCUGGACCCAAAGGGGAGCCGUCAAUCUUUAAAAGUCAGAGAGCACAGUGUUUAUGGACCUUAUGUAGAUGGUCUUUCAAAACUAGCUGUUGCCAGUUACAAGGAUAUAGAGUCUUUGAUGUCUGAAGGCAAUAAAUCUCGUACAGUUGCUGCAACCAACAUGAAUGAAGAGAGCAGUCGAUCCCAUGCUGUUUUUAAAAUUAUCCUCACACACAUAUUGUAUGAUGUAAAGUCAGGGACCUCCGGUGAGAAAGUAGGCAAGUUGAGCCUGGUUGAUCUAGCAGGCAGUGAAAGAGCAACCAAGACAGGAGCUGCAGGCGAUAGGUUGAAGGAAGGAAGCAACAUCAACAAGUCUCUCACAACUCUUGGGUUGGUCAUUUCAGCCCUGGCAGAUCAAGCUGCUGGAAAAAAUAAGAACAAAUUUGUUCCUUAUCGUGACUCAGUGCUCACCUGGCUACUCAAAGACAGCCUUGGUGGCAACAGUAAGACUGCGAUGGUUGCUACCGUCAGUCCAGCAGCAGAUAAUUAUGAUGAGAUACUUUCUACCUUGAGGUAUGCAGACCGAGCCAAGAACAUUGUGAACCAUGCUGUGGUCAAUGAAGAUCCCAAUGCCCGGAUCAUCCGAGAACUGAGGGAGGAAGUAGGAAAACUCAGGGAACAGCUUAGCAAAGCAGAGGCUAUGAAAUCUCCAGAAUUAAAAGAUCGUUUGGAAGAGUCUGAAAAACUUAUCCAGGAGAUGACAGUAACCUGGGAAGAGAAGCUCAGGAAGACAGAGGAAAUUGCACAGGAGCACACACUCAUUGGAUCCGAUAAUUCCCAAGACAUACAGCUCUGUGGAUUGGGGAUUCUUCCUGAACACUGUAUAAUAGAUAUCACUGGGGAUGGACAAGUCAUGUUGACGCCUCAGAAGAAUACUAGGACAUUUGUGAAUGGUACAGCUGUUGUAGGUCCCACGCAGCUACACCAUGGUGACAGAAUUUUGUGGGGAAACAAUCACUUUUUCCGGUAAGCUGCUGAUUCCUUUUAUUUUCUUCUGUUAACUGGUACAGCUUUGAGAGAGAGGAGUUUGGAAUGCCUUUGACACCAUUUAAUAUCUGAAAAACUGGCUGCAGAGGCUCGACUCUGCAGGAUGGAUCUGCUGGUCUUGUUCUCUGCUAAAAGUCAAGAUAGUUUAGCCUUCUUCAACUGGGCAACUGUCAGAUAUUUGGAAGUACAAGUUCCCAAAUCCCUCCAACCAGCAAGAUCAGUCGCUAUGCUAACUGGCAAUUUCAGGAAUUGUAAACCCAGUUUUUUGAGGUCUUUGUUUCUUGGAUAUUAUGGUCAUAAUUUUACAGCAAAAUGUUAACUCUUGUACAAUGGCAAAAUUGCUGUAGUGUUGCUAUACAACCUGGGACUCUUUGGGUCUUUGUUUCAUAGAUAUUUCCUUAACUUCCACUCAGAUGCCCCCUGCAUACCCUCCCUGACCCUUGCUGUGCCUCCCUUGCACCCUUGCAUAAUCCUUCACAGUCCUGCAUACCCCACCGAGCUGCGGAACCUUCCUCA